UUGUCCAAUAAUUGUUAUUGUCUAUUCAUUUUUAAUGACUCAGGGGAGGCGGAAAUUCUCCAGUUAUUUCAAGCCAAGGAAUCUCGUGGCUCGGGUAAACCAUUACGUAUCCCCGUGGCCGGAUGCCGAUGUACCAAAGGACACCUAUUGGCCGGUCAACCGAAUAAUAAAUCUACGCUCUAUGAAACUAGUGAGGCAAUCGCUACGCACUACAGAGUUAUUCGUCCGAAAAGGCAAACCAAUCGCUCAACUGGUACAGAAUCACCAACGGAACACCAUCUGAAAGACACGGCAGAACCGGGAGAGAGUACAGAUAUACGAAGCGAUGGAACUGUGUUAGUUAGCCGAGCCACCUGUCGUUCGUUACGCCAUGAACGAACUGUAGUCGAUUCGAUUCGCAAAGGUGUCGAAUGUGGAUUAACUUUAGUCACAAACGAGCCCGGAGUCAGUGGGAGCACAAAACGUUCGAAAUCUAACGCAGCAUCGGCGACUGGAGACGGUGAGGAAACGUUUGUUUCCAUUUGGCAACCGGGUGAUAUCAUUCAGUGUUAUGUGCUUGUCCCGGAGCCCCGGAAAAUCGAGUGGCAAUUUGAAACGAAGAACGUCGCUGUUGAUGAAGCCACAGCUUGA